UAUCUUUCGGCAUUCAUUAGUUUUCAAAAAUAUGGAGCAAAAUUACAACUGAAUACUGAUUGUGAAUUCGUUAAGUUUAACAAUAAAAUUCACUUCAAACCUAAUUGUUAUUUCCUGUCUAGUCACAUUACUUUUUGUAUUUGUUUAAAAUGGCCAGACGAAAUGUUAAUUUACAUAACGUUUCUAGAAUGGUUCGGUAUUUUUCACAGCAAACAUCCAAUCAAGAGACUAAAAUUGUAUCACGAAUGGGGCAAAUGAAUGGAAAGCCUCUUUAUUUAGAUGCUCAAGCCACUACACCUUUAGAUCCAAGAGUAUUAGAUGCUAUGAUGCCUUAUUUAACUCAAAGUUAUGGAAAUCCACACUCCCGUACACACAUGUAUGGAUGGGAAAGUGAGGAAGCCGUUGAGACAGCUAGACAACAUGUGUCAGAUUUAAUUGGUGCCAAUCCUAAAGAAAUAAUUUUCACUUCUGGAGCGACUGAAUCAAAUAAUAUCGCCAUUAAAGGAGUGGCUCGAUUUUAUGCUUCAAAAAAGCGCCACAUCAUUACAACACAGACAGAACAUAAAUGUGUAUUAGAUUCCUGUCGUGCAUUAGAAGGUGAAGGCUUUGAAAUCACAUACUUGCCAGUAGGCACUACGGGUUUGAUUUCACUAGAGGAGUUGGAAUCCGCUAUACGUCCCGACACUGCUUUAGUAUCUAUUAUGGCAGUCAACAAUGAAAUUGGUGUUAAACAGCCCAUAAAAGAAAUUGGACUACUUUGUAGAUCAAAAAAAGUGUUUUUCCAUACAGACGCAGCUCAAGCAGUCGGUAAAAUACCAGUUAAUGUCAACGAUCAUAAUAUAGACCUUAUGUCAAUCAGUGGACAUAAAGUUUAUGGCCCAAAAGGUAUUGGAGCCUUAUUUGUGCGUCGAAAACCAAGAGUACGUUUAGAGCCUAUCCAAAGUGGAGGAGGCCAAGAACGAGGUCUCCGUAGCGGCACAGUUCCAACUCCACUGGUUGUAGGUUUUGGUGAAGCUUGUAGAAUAUCAAAAAAUGAAAUAGAGUACGAUCAUGCAUGGAUGACAAAUCUAUCGAAUUUACUGAUUGAAAAAAUAACCAAGAACCUUCCAGAAGUGAUUCGCAAUGGUGAUGCCAUACAUACUUAUCCAGGAUGUGUAAAUUUAUCAUUUGCUUUUGUCGAAGGCGAAUCUUUAUUGAUGGCCCUCAAGGACGUAGCGUUAUCUAGUGGUAGUGCUUGUACGUCUGCAUCUUUAGAACCUUCAUAUGUAUUACGAGCUAUUGGAGCAGAUGAGGAUUUAGCACAUUCUUCUAUUAGAUUUGGCUUUGGAAGAUUUACGACCGUCGAAGAAGUUGAGUACACAGUUGAAAGGUGUAUCAAACACGUAAAAAGAUUACGUGAAAUGAGUCCACUUUGGGAGAUGUAUCAAGAAGGUGUUGAUAUCAAGUCGAUUAAAUGGUCUCAACAUUAAACUAUAGUAAUCACAACGCAUUACUAAUUUAUGAUUAGGUAUGUCUGUGAUUGAUUUAGUUGUAAACAUUAUAGUCUUUUGACGACCUCUCUGUUGCUUAUUAAAAAUAAACUACUUUAGAAAUAUAAAAUUUACAUACACUUAUAAAAUUAAUUUGAUGUAAUCACUAAAAUAAAGCCAAUACAAAAAAAUAGUAAGGUUCACAUUUUUGAUGUGAUUAUUGCAAGAU